AUGGCCGCCCCUUUCGAGGCCGCCUACGAGGAAUACUACAAACUCAAGGAAGAGGCAUCCAAAUACACCUCGGAAGAAGCUCCUCAAGGUGUGCGAGAGGGUGGCGACGUCAUGGCAAUUCACUACCGCGAGGAAGAAGCCAUCUAUGUCAAGGCUAGCCACGAUCGUGUGACUGUGAUUUUUAGUACUAUUUUCCGAGAGGAGACGGAUCGUAUCUUUGGCAAGGUCUUUAUCCAGGAGUUUGUCGAUGCACGAAGAAGAGCCAUUCAAAACGCACCUCAAGUGCUGUUCAGAAACGACCCGCCUCUGGAAUUGCAAGGAGUGCCUGGCGUUAAGUCCAGCACUGAGGGCGAAGUUGGCUAUGUCACCUUUGUCCUAUUCCCUCGACACUUGACACCGCAACGAAUGCCCGAUGUCAUCUCCCACAUCCAGACGUUCCGCGACUACUUCCACUACCACAUCAAAGCAUCCAAGGCGUAUAUCCACUCUCGUAUGCGACGGAGAACUGCAGACUUCCUCCAAGUUUUGCGACGGGCCAGACCAGAGAACGAGGAGAAGGAGAGAAAGACGGCAAGCGGACGAACCUUCAAGGUUCAAGCGGCAUGA